CGGCAGAUGUCGUGUGAUCGACGUCCAAGUGAGCUGGUGUGGCGUCGAAACAGUCCCACCAGCAGUGCGACUGCGACUCUGGCGCGAGCAGCACGCAGUCAGUGAGUCGGUUCGCGUCUUGGCGCAGGGGUUGCCGUUGCCGUCGAUCCACAGGCACAGGGGCAUCGAGGGUGCGUCCGAGAGUGACAGCCGCCCUGAGCUCAGGGUCGACCUGAGGGUGUCAUGUGCGCGAGGAGCGAGCAGGAGAGGAGGUGCCGCCGCCGCAGCCGCUGCUGCUGCUGAGAUCAGAGAUGGGAGACGCGGGCGCCUAGCAACAAGACCAUGUACGACGAGAGUCUGCAGCUGAUGAACGGCCGGCCCAAGAGGCCGCCGCCCCUCGACGUGCUGCCCGCCAGGCCGACCACCCUCGACCUGGACCGCGUCGACGGCGCCGAGGCCUCCACCCGCUCGUCCUCCUCCUCGUCGCUCGCGCGCACCAUCGACCUCGGCUUCACCGAGCUCUCCUACUCCGUCAAAAGCGGCAUUAAAAGGGAGUCCAAGGCGAUUCUAAAAGGUGUGAGUGGUCUAUUCCCCGCCGGAGAGCUUUCUGCCAUCAUGGGGGCGAGCGGAGCCGGUAAAAGCUCCCUUAUGAACGUUUUAGCCGGAUACACGACGGAUGGCGUGACAGGUUGCAUAACCGUGAAUGGCGCCGUACGCGAUACGGCGGUAUUUCGGCGCCACUCGUGCUACAUCAUGCAGCAGGACGAGCUGCAGCCGCUGCUGACCGUGGGCGAGUCGAUGCACGUGGCCGCCGAGUUGAAGCUCGGCCAGACGUUGUCCAGGCAGAUGAAGCAGGACUGGGUGGACGAGAUCCUAGACGCGCUCGGGCUGUCGGACAGCAAGGACACGCUUGCCCGGGAUCUCUCAGGUGGGCAGAGGAAGCGCAUGGCCAUCGCGCAGGAACUGGUCAACAACCCACCGGUCAUGUUCUUCGACGAGCCAACUACUGGUCUGGACAGUUCAUCCUCAAAGCAGUGCAUGUCUCUGCUCAAGUCUCUGGCCCGUGGCGGCCGCACCAUCGUCAUCUCCAUCCAUCAACCGAGCGCCCUGAUCUUCGAGACGCUGGACCAGCUGUACGUAAUGGCCGAGGGCCGUUGCCUCUUCAGGGGUGACCCCCGGCAGCUGCUGCCCUUCCUCAACCACGCCGCUCAACUCGCGUGUCCACAGUAUCACAACCCUGCAGACUACAUUCUCGAGAUCUCAAUGGGCGACUUUGGAGCUUACAACGACAAACUCGUAGAGGCCAUUCAGAACGGGAAAUGCGAAAAGUGGAAGAAAGAAAUCUACGCACCGACGCCGACCAUUUUCAAGUCGAACUUCAGUAACGGCCUGACGACCCCUGUGCGGGCGCCGCUGCUGCCGACCGGGCCCCUCGCCAAGAUGAUUGGCAAACUCAGCAACGGCGGUCCCAUGUCGGUCGAGCACAACGCGUCGCCCUGCACCGGCAGUUUUUCCGCCUCGCCCUGGACCCAGUUCUACAUCCUGACCAGACGCAAUUUUUACCGACUCAAGAGAGAUAAGUUUCUGAUGAAUAUGCGGCUUUCCAUGCAUCUGCUCGUCGGCCUGAUGAUCGGUGGACUGUACUACAACAUCGGCAAUGAGGCGUCCAACGUGCUGGACAAUUUCGGCCUAAUUUUUUACAGCGUUGUCUUCCUCAUGUUCACCUCUUUGCUUUCCAUGAUUGUCACUUUUCCUCUGGAAAUGCCAAUCGUGGCCAGAGAGCAUUUCAACCGGUGGUAUUCUUUAAAGUGUUAUUAUUUGGCUGUGACUCUUGCAGACAUUCCAAUUCAGGUAACUUGCUCUUUAGGCUACAGCACUUUGGUCUACUUUCUGUCAGCGCAGCCAUAUGAAGCGAGGAGAUUUUUCAUGUUUUCUGGAAUGGGUCUCCUCGUUUCUUUUGUAGCUCAGAGCAUGGGACAAAUGGUCGGCGCUGGACUAAGCGUAGAGAAUGGAGUGUUCUUUGGGCCGCUAACAAAUUUGCCGUGCACCAUCUUCUCGGGUUUCUUCAUCCACAUGAAGGACGCGCCAAAGGCGAUGCACUGGCUCUUCCAUACGUCCUACCUCAAGUACGGGCUGGAGGGCAUGAUGCUGGCCGUGUACGGAUACGAGCGGAAGAAGAUGGCAUGCGAGGCAGACUACUGCCACUUCCGCAUGCCAUCCAAGUUCCUCGAGGCGCUCGGCAUGGACGGCGGCUACUACUGGCUCGACGCCGGCGUCCUGCUCGCGCUCCUAGUCCUCAUGCGACUUGCCACCUACUUUGUGCUCAAGUGGCGCCUCAAACACGCCAGGAACUUCUCGUGAAAGUGACACUGAAAUAAUAUUGAUUUUCCCCUCUUUGCCACGCAAGUUACCUUCUUCAAUUGUUAUAUCGAGUUUUUUUGUUUCGCAAAAAGACACAGUAUUUUUCUAAAUUUCACAUUCAGCUUUUUAGUGUUCUCGCUCAGGAUGAAUACCGAUCAAAAUAAUUUAAAAAAAGUGUGAACGCACACGCGAAUCAGAGCAACUUCUGUGAUUUAAAUGAUAAAGCUGCUGCUUUUUUCAAACUUUCGAUGCUGAAAUAGUUUGAAACAGCAGAUCUUUCGCAUUGAAGACAAAAGCUGGACAGGCUAUAUAAUUAUUUUAAUGAAACAAAUCGGAUAAAUUGUACCGAAGCAACUAUAUUUUUGUACACAAACUGCAUCACACGCCGCUAUGCUAGAUAAUACUCAUCGUGUAUCGUAUUUUGCAUAAAUGUGUUCAUUGUGUCAAUUUAUUAUUAUUUUAAAAUAUAUCUCUCUGAGUGUGCGGUAUAUUUGAAAAGUCAUCCUGCGGGACCACAAUGUCAAUUUAGCAGUGUGAAAGUGCGAUAUUAUGCAUUAUGUAUUUAAUAAAGUUAAUCAAUAAAAGGAGAGUGUCCAUAUUGAACGCUGCAAUUAAUUAAUUUAUUCAUUUUGCCAUCAGUAUGUGCAGGAAUUGCCCCCAAGAAAAUUUGCUCAUCAGUCAUUUAUGUAACGCUUUUUAUUUUGAUUUUAGAAAAUUGAUUGUAAUAAUAUUUAUGCCAAUUAAAAUCAGACAUUUGUAUAAACCACA